AUGCUGCUGGAAAUUCUGUCAGAACAAUAUGCUGUAGUAGCAGACAUAAGUAAAGCUUUCCUUAGAAUAGGAAUUAAUGAAAAUCACAGAGAUUUCACAAGAUUCUUAUGGUUUGCUGAUAGAGAUUUUAAGCAUGUCAAGACUUUUAGAUUUAAGGUUUUAUUGUUUGGAGCUACUUGUUCACCUUUUCUGCUGAAUCAGAUAAUACAAUAUCAUUUGCAAAACCAUUCAGAUCCCAUCGCCAGUUCAGUCAAGAAGUCCUUUUAUGUGGAUAACUUUAUGAAAACUUAUGAGAAAUGUGAAGAUUUAGAACUCGAGAGUAAUAAGGUAAACCCAAUUAUGUUGGAAGCUAAUAUGCCUUUGGGAGAAUGGGCUAGGAACUUGAGUUCAUUUAAUGAUAAACAUAGCCCAGAUACUGUCAACUUGAAUGCAGUAAAACUACUCGGUCUCUUGUGGGAUACCUGUAAUGACUCAUUGAGUGUAAAGAUGCCGUCUCAGAUUGUUACAUAUUUGAAUAAUCUAGGAAAUGUUUGUACUUUGACUAAGAGAAAGGUUGUGUCUCUCCUUUCAACCAUCUUUGAUCCUUUGGGAAUAUUAACGCCCGUAACAAUCAAGGGUAAAAACUAUUUUGUGAAGAAUUGUGGGGACUGA